AUCUGUUUCAUGGAUUGGCUCUUCCCCCUCCCUCCCCUCAACCCGAGCAUAAUUGGGCGUCGCUGCCGCUGAUGGCGUCCUCUGCCCUCUCUCCUUCUCCUCCGUUCUCCUCCCUUCAUCACCGUCAACAGCGUCAUCUUCGUACUUCCGCAAGCCCUUCAUCCCUCCCCGCCGCCCUCUUUCCCCUCUUCGGCUUCCCCAAUGCCGACCCUCACCGCCGCCGCACUUCCGUUCUCAUCCUCUCCUCCUCCUCCAAUGCUAGGCCGGUCUACGGGCGUGAGUUGGAGCGGAAGCAAGAAAUACUGGAGACCCACGGCCUCGACCCGUCGGACUGCAUCUCCCUAUCUGCCCACAAGCUGAGGAGGAGGAGGAGGGAUGAAGAAAACAGGGCUGGGAAGGGGAAGCGCAUGCCCCUGCCACUUGACGAGCCGAAGCCGCCGCCGCGGACUACCCAUAGGCUGCUUCAGGUGUUAGGAGGAAAAGCUCGCAGGAAGAAGUUGCUUUCGCCUAAAGGUAUGGAUGUCCGACCUAUGAUGGAAGUUGUCAGAGGAGCAGCCUUUGAUAUUUUACAGGUGGCUGGUGGCUGUCCUGCUUCGCUAAGGCCAGGACGCUGGUUGGACUUGUAUAGUGGAACUGGAUCUGUUGGAAUUGAAGCUAUAAGCCGUGGAUGUUCAGAGGUACACUUCGUUGAGAUGGAUCCUUGGGUUGUCUCUGAAGUGCUGCAACCCAAUUUAGAAUGGACAGGAUUUUCUAAUGUUUCAGUUAUACAUACAAUUCGUGUUGAAAGAUUCUUGGAGCAAGCUGAACAAUCUUCAGAUAAGAACAGAUCAUUUGACUAUAUAAGUGUCACACCACCCUACAUGGCCGUCGAUUAUACCGUGCUCAUGGAUCAUCUUGGAAAAUCACCUUUGGUUGGAGAAGACUGUUUCAUCCUGGUGGAGUAUCCCCUUAAGACUUUGUUGGCUGACUCUUGUGGUCAUCUCAUAAAAAUAGCUGAUAGGAGAUUUGGCAGGACGAAUCUGGUAAUAUAUGGCCCAUCUUGGGCUGAAAAGAAGAGGAAAAGCAGGAAGGAUUUACUGACAUUGGAGUAAACUUGUGCUCAGAAGUAGUUCAAAGGAUGAAUUUUGAUCUGGAUCCUGUAAUAACUAGAAAGAUGAUUUUAUCAUAUUGAGACUCCUUAUCAUACCUCGGAGACUCCUAAUUCAUAAAAUAAGAAAUACUUUAAAGAAUAUUUUUCUCUUUAGUUCAUGCAAACAUGAAAAGCUUGUUGUUUUUAUUGACAAAAAAUAUUGGUCAUAUUGAGUGUUGUUCUUCAAUUCA